UGUUUUGAUACGCCGCGCGCCGCGGAAUGCGAAAGUGGGCAGUGGACUAGCACGCACCCCACUGCCACCCAUUCGCGCGACGUCAACACAAAACGCGUGAUACUCGCGGGGUGCUGGUGAGCGCACAUAAAACGUAAACAUUGCGGCUGCGGUAACUGUUACAAAACCACGAUCGUGAAGAAUAUUCUACAGCAACGUGCAGUGUGAAUUGUCUCGCGAAAUAUUUAGCCCACUUUGCGCAAUGUUUUCAAAGUGCUAGGAAUAAAGAGGAACGACGAAAGUAAUCCCGUUUUUUCGGUGGCAUCAGCCCUGUUACGAAACGAACCAUGUCGUCGCUAUUGCUUAAUAUGAUGCGGAAUGUGACGGCAAUAAGGUCAGCUGGAAACCGGUUUGUGACCGCGACGACGACGACGACGCUUCUUCACCAGCGGUGCUCGGCGAUUGUGAUUUGCUCAGGUCAAAGUUUUCACAGUUUUGGGGAGCGACGGAAUGCGCACACAUUUCCGAGUUUGUCGAGUCCUCCGGUGAGGGGUUUCUUCCGGAAGGCUGGCUCGUCCGUGGGUAAGAAGGAUGAGGCGACGGACCCUGCGUGUCCACCGGAGGAACCGGCCAAGCUGGGCCUGUUUGCGCGGUUUCGAAAGAUGUACAAAGAAUACUGGUACGUGCUCGUUCCGGUGCACUGCUUCACGUCGGUGUUCUGGUUCGGUGGGUUUUACUACGCGGCCACGACCGGGGUCGACGUGAUCGCGGCCCUCGAGUGGGUGGGCGUGUCGGAGAAGCUGAUCACGCCGGUGCGGGACUCCAGCCUGGGACAUAUCGCGACCGCUUACUUGCUGUACAAGAUUGCGACGCCGGCGCGGUACACCGUCACGUUGGGUGGCACAACCGUUUCGAUCAAGUACCUCGUGGCGUGGGGUUACAUUAAGCCAAUUCCAACGAAAGCCGAGAUGGUGCAGAUGUACAUGGACAAGAAGGAGAACAUCAAGGAUCGCAUCGCGGAAAAGAAGCAGGACCUGCAGGACCGCAAGCAAAACAUGAUGGACAGUUUAAGCGGCAAGGACAAAACCGGCAACAAGAAAUAGCUACACUUGUGUUGAUGCUACUGCUGCUUGAGUCGGUGUGUUGUGUGCCUAGUCUGUGCAAAAGUGCUAAUCGUAUUUAAAAUACUGUUCAAUCUAGUUAUUUCUUUCUCUGUUUCCAAACUUGUACUGUUGUCCCUUUAAAUGGUGAGAAAGAGUGAGCGCGAGCGCAAGAUUUUUUUCGGGAAUGAUUACGAAAAAGAGUAAACUCGACAAACUUUGUUCAAUAAAUCUUUCGUUUUUGA